CAGCAGCUACCACCACUACCUCCGGCACCACCAUUCGACACUACAACGACUAUCGUCUACUGCGACUACUGCAGUUGUAGUUGUCGUUUCCGCACUAUCACGAUUCACGGCGUUGUUAACUGUAGUGACACGAUAUCCCGAUAUUGACGAUAUUACCGAGCACGAACUACAAAAACACGCCGUAAUCCACAGUCGCUGCCGAUAUCACGACCGGUUACCGUCGUUCGUCACCCUACCGCGCGCUCAAUCCGUUAAACCACCGCCUGUUAUCUCUCCAUUGUUUGUCCCACGAAAAACGUUUUUUGGUACGUGACGCGCGGAAAGUAGUGGGGAUGCGCAACGCCGACCGGUGUACGGUUUUCGCUGACAUACCUAUCCGUUUCGUAGUCCGUGCACCCCCUCCCUCAUUCGCUCGUCGCGCAGGACGUACCACCACCCGUCCCGGACACGCGAUCGCGGCAGUCACACCGUCGGUUUUGGGUUAAGAUUUAGACUUUCCAUCCUUUUUUCCCGUCAAGUCCGGCGUCGUCCGUGCGCCCGCCGCUCUUGGCCAUCCGUCUCCAGGCCGCCGCCGCCGCCGCCGACCACCGAACGGGCCUGAACGUUGUGUCGUCGCACGUCGCACCGCCGCGGUGUGUGGUGAUCCGCUGGAAAUCCAGUCGUGCCCCGACGACAGUUGCGUACUUACCGUCGUCCUACACUGUGUCACUCCGUCCGCACGAGCACGUUCGCUAUAAGACAGACAUGGUUUACAAAAUAAAGAAACACUCGACGAUGCCCGUUCACGUGGUCGACGACCACAACGACGCGUUGCGGUAUAUCUACCGGGAGAUAGGUUCCAAACACUUGCCCCUGUACGGCAAUGUUUUGUUGCAUUUCGAUUCGCAUCCGGACUUGUCCAUUCCAAAAGACAUGCCAGCCGAUUACGUGUACGAAAAAGAACAGUUGUUCGAUUCGCUGAGCAUCGAGAACUGGAUACUGCCGGCUGCGUACGCCGGCCAUUUCGAUAAAAUUAUCUGGGUAAAGCCUCCCUGGGCACGGCAGUUCAAUGAAGGCGAAAUCGUGUUCAGUAUCGGCAAGCACAAGAUGUCUGGCGCCAUACGUUUGACCAAUUCUAGUGAUUUCUAUCUCAGCGAAGGCCUCUACUGUUUAGAAAAUGAUCUCAUUAACAUAAAAACCAUCAAGUUGUUCGUGUUCACCAUGUGUAGUUCGGUUUUUGACGAUGGCGAGGAAAAAUUCGAGCUGUUGCGUAAUAAGUUUAUCGAGUAUACUAGAGAAAACCCUCAUUACAUUUUAGAUUUCGACUGUGACUUUUUCUCUACCAACAAUCCGUUUCUAUCCAUGUACGACAAAGCAAAUCUCUAUACUAAUCUACAUAAGAUUUACACGUUUAAUUCGCCAUCCAAUAAAGAAGACGUUAACAGCUUACUUCAAUGUUCUCGUUCUAGAGAAAUAUUGUUGCAAGAAUUAGAAUCUGUGUUCAUGCAUCUCGAUGAUGGAAAAUCAUUAGAUGAGUAUCCGACUGAAAAUUUAACUGCCGUAAAUUCUGAAGAUUUAACGUUCAUUGUAAAUGAGUUAUUGAAACAUUACGAUACUAUUGACUGGUUGAUAGUGCAUAAUGCUGGUUGCACGAUUGACAAUAUUGAAUUACCUAACCAUCAUACAGACAUAGCUGAUAUUGCAAAAUCUAUGGAUAUUGUAUUCAACUUUUUACCUAUAAUACAUGAACCAGCUGCCAUUACGAUUGCUUUGUCCACAGGUGACGAUUACUGUCCAUUAGAAAGUGCACGUUUUAUUAACGAAUCAUUACUAGCAAAGCUAGAGUGUUUGUAUAAUAAACUGAAUGUUCAAAAAUGUACUGACGGUUCCUAAAUUACUGAAAUACAAUCUAAAGUAUAAGUUAAUUUUAACUGCUAGUAAGUUUUUUCAUUCUGUGUGCAACAUAAUGUUUUUUUACAACUAGUGUAAUCUUAAAUUUUUAAUUUUUUUGUUUAGAACCUACUACCUGCAUUAGUAUGUAUACACUUUAAAUGUCAACAAAAUAAUGUUUAGUAUUAAGUAUUAUAUUACCUAUAGAUUUUAUUUAAUGAGAAAUUCUCGCUAAAUGUUUCUAUUGUUUGUUUUAAUGAUAUUAU